UCCUUGUUCCUAUGGAAUCCUUUGCCAAUGUAAACAACUACAGAGCACACACAAUAGUAGGUCCGAAGUGUUGGAUUCUUGUUGAAUAAUUAAUAUUUCAUUUCAAAUUUAUGUAUCGCUAUGAGUGGUAGCACAGUGGCCAAUACGGGUCAGGCUUUAGUGAGCUUUGACUCCAGAGUCAGUCUGGAUGCAAUGCAGGGUCUUGUUAAGUCACGAAGUGAUUUGUUCAUGACGGCCUACCACAGAAGACAGGAGAUGCUGGAAUCAGCUAAGGUCAAUACUGUGUGGGAUCUAAAGCCAAUUGACUUCUCAGUGAAGAUGUAUCAGCCAAACCCUCCGCCAAGAAAUACAAAAGAGUCAAUGGUAAAAAACUGGAGUGUAUUGAAAUUAAAAAACAAUUUGUCGUCAAAGGAAAUUAGGAAAGAGUCAAGACUUGUUGAAUCCUCUGUUCCUUUGUUAAAGUUACCAUCUCUUCUUGUUCCCAAAGAUAUUGAUGAGUUGCCUGAAUUUGUUGCAAAGUUUAGACCCCCCAGCUCACAGACUUCCAGGCGAUCAUUUAUCAGAGAAGGGAUGUACGCGAAAGACCCAUACAAAACUGAUAGUGUAGGAAUUCAUCGUCGAGAUAUUUUUCGAAAGUUAGAGGACUUUAAAAAGUUUAGCAAAUAUGGCAUACAGGACUUUGACACCAGCUGUGCCGCUGAUCCUCAUGGUCUAAGAUUCAAGCAUAAUAUGUUAUCAAAAACUCUUCCAGAACUGAGUACAACUGAACAGAUAUCGAUACGAACCUGUCAGUCGGAGCCCAUGCCUAGACUACACCAGCCACCAAAAUGGGAAAAGCGCAACCAUCUACCGAGAUCAGCUUAUAAAAGAGGAAAAUCUCCAGGCACGGUACUAAUGGACAGCGUACAAAGAAAAGCUGUUUGGGUGGAUGGUAAGGAGAAAACUGGUGGAAUUAUGAGACCUGACAUUUACGACUAUAAAAUUAAAGAUUGGUGUGAAGUAACACAAGCUCCAAGCGAAAUUGAUGGCCCAUUUCCUUUGGCUUGAAAAGCUAAAAAGCAUUAUGGCUUGACCUUAGACAUUUUGACUUAGCGUCACAUUUCAUAGGUGCUGUAAAUCUUCGAAUUGCCUCUUUCCUCGUAAAAGUUCAUCUCCCUUGAAAUUGCAAUUUUUUAUAAGCCCCCAUCCUGACAUGUCACUUCUUACAAUACAUGGUUUUAGUUAAUGACAUAGAAAGCAUAAAAUAAAAAGAGUUCUAGAAUCAUCUUCGCAACGUUUUUUCUCAAUAUAAACGUAGUUUUUCAAAGUAAGCUUGAAAAAAUAUAAAAAUUCCAUAAAAAGCCUAUAAGCAUAGCGAUCUUAAGAUGAUUCUAACAAGUCAUCAUCCUCUUUUAACCUUCCUUUCGAAUCCUCACCCAUUCAAAAAUAUCCUAAACUAAUUAGUCAAAGAGGGCAAAUUUGAGGCUUUACAGUAACACCGGCUACGACGAUAAGAAUCAUUCCAAUGCAGCUGGCUUCUUGAUGGUUCGUUGCCUUUGGAUUAGAGUUUUCAAUAAGGACAUGAUGUAGCUAAAAAACCAAGUUUUUUGUGCAGUUGGGUUGAUUAUGAAUUGUAUAUUAUUAAUAGAGCUAGUAAAAUAUUUUUGAAGAUGUAUGCCUUUUUCUAGAUUUGAAGAACUAUAUCAAAAUAUAUCGCAUUUUCCAAUUAAAACAUCUGAUUUAUGAUUCGAAAGUGGCUGCAGUCUUGAACUUAUGGUUAGGCUUGGUCAUUUUUUUAUACUGGAAGGAAAAAUAAUUGGAACGGAUUUUGCAUAAUUUAAUAAUCCUGCCUGAGUGAAGGAAUAUUUUCACUGACUAGAAUUAAAUGCUUAAAAGAAAAAGAAACUAUGUGGUGAUAUCUGAUCAAUUUACUGUGACACAAGUUUGUCCAGGGAAAUUGUGUAAUGUUUGUGAAAUAGGAAAGAAAGUUUGGGCAGACAACUGACAUUGAUUAACGUUUUGUUUGGAAAAUUUGAAAUAAAUCUGAUACUCCUGAUAUAAUACUCCUGAAAAUUUAACCUCCUUUAAACGAAACAGAGUUAAUUUUAUCAGUUCAUCAUCCGUGCUAAUAGAAAUUUCAGGUAGAACUUUAUUGUUUAGAGGUCUUAGAAACAAACAACAUGAUGAGCACUCGAGCCUUAAAUUGUUAAAAAAAUAAGGACACCGAGCCUCGGGAAAAACAAGGGAAAAUCUGGCUCUUGAAAAUAGAAUUGUAAUGGGGGCAAUGUGCUGGAAAUGUCCUCAGGAGUAUUUUUCAAUUUUUUCUCGCUAGGCCGAGUUUUGCACUCUGUGAAGUUGUUGUGCAGAUCUAAUGACUGCUGUUGAAAACGAGACAACGAACAAAGUAAAUGACUAAAUGUAACCAGGCUGAUCCUAUCCACCUUUUCGGACUUCACUAUUCAUAACACCACUUGUUUUGCAUAAAAUCAAUUAACAGAAGCCUUAUGCAGCUCCAAUUUCUUAAAGAUUCUCUAAAUAUAUUCUGUGUGUAGAAGUGUAGAAGUUAUGAAUUCUACGAAAAAAUGGGCAGGUUUGGAAGGGUAGAAAGAGCCAAAACAUUAAAUAAACAGCGAGGUUAUCAAAGGUCUUGACAUGACAAUUUAUUGUAAUUGUAAGCUCUUAUUAGUCCUCUUUCGCAUAAUUUGUUAAUAUUAAAGCCAUUAACACAGUACCUUCAAACAAAAGGGCGGCAAUCAAAGUAGUUCUAAACAAAAUUUUUCUUUUGGAAGUCUCUUCUUUCUUUUCUCACGAAGGCUGUUGCGUUUGCCAAUGAAUUGAAUCUUAAGCCCUCCUUAGAUGUAUAUUUUCACUUUACAGUCAUAUUCAACAUUAAUGACAAUAGCCAUGCCAAGUAGAUUAGCCAUGGAUACUUCUUUUGUUGAGAAAUAUAUAUUUCAAUGGUUGCUUGUUUUGACUAUGCUGUCGGAACUCCAGAAUGGAGCCUGACUGCACGUCCCAUUAUAUUUCUAUCCAGACAUUAAAUCCUUGAUUUUUCUUCAUUCUCUUUUAUUUUUCAUUAAACUUUUUCAAUGUGGGUUAGGGUCAUAAAAAUCUCUUGUAUGCAGCUUGCUAGUAUGCAAUAAGACGUUGGAAAGUUACCGAAUUUGAUCUUUUUGUCGCCCGGGCAUUUAUCAAAACUUUAACCAUCAGCGACUCGUAUUCGAGAGGGGCGUUUAUUGAAAAAAAUUGCUUACUGAAAGAUAAAUGAUCUUUUUCAAAUCGAUUCACACGCUCUAUAUGAAGGUACAAAUUCUAAUAUUUGCUCAACGUUCAUCCUCUUCUUUAUCCGAAUCUAUUACAGCUGUUAGCUUCUCUCCACGUUUGCUAUUUCAAAAGGACCUGUUUUUUCACUGUUAUCACAAGAAGUGAUGGUCUUCAAUUUUUCAUAUCCUGCGUUGGACGGCUUUAUUCCAUCUUUGAAAUAUGAUACUCUUAAACAUCUGCUUAUCUAGACUUUCAUUGUUAGGCGACAUGGGCAAAACGCAGCAAUGACUUGAUGAUGAUAAUUUUAGGACCUAUUAGUAUAAAUGGGAGCCUACAUAAUACAAAAAAUAUUGAGAAACUCUUAUGGAGAAUUUCAAUUGUUAUGGAGAACUUGGAGAGAAGUUACAGAAAAUAAUAGAAUGUCGUGGAGCAGCCGUUGUUGACUGUCUAACAAUAGAUUGAAGAUGAGCGUGCAGUUACAAAAACGAGAAAAAAGCAGUAAAAGUACCAUUGAAGUAUAAAGAUCCUACUCUUAAGUCUAUUUAACAUUAAGAC